GCCUCCGCAUGGGGAACGCCAUCAGGGCCCUCGUGGCCUUCAUCCCUGCUGAGCGCUGCCAGAACUAUGUGGUCAGAGACCUCCAAGAGAUGCCGCUGGACAGGAUGGUGGACCUCAGUGGGAGCCAGCUGCGCCGCUGCCCUGUGCACGUGUGCUCCUUCAGGGAGCUGGUCAAGCUCUACCUGAGUGACAACCACCUCAACAGCCUGCCUCCAGAGCUGGGGCAGCUGCAGAACCUGCAGAUCCUGGCCUUGGACUUCAACAACUUCCGGGCUCUGCCCCAGGUGGUGUGCACCUUGAAACAGCUCUGCAUCCUCUAUCUGGGCAACAACAAACUCUGCGACCUCCCCAGUGAGCUGAGCCUGCUCCAGAACCUCCAGACCCUGUGGAUCGAGGCCAACUACCUCACCCAGCUGCCGGACGUGGUCUGCAAGCUGAGUCUCCUUAAGACUCUGCAUGCCGGCUCUAAUGCCCUGCGUCUGCUGCCAGGCCAGCUCCGGCGCCUCCAGGAGCUGAGGACCAUCUGGCUCUCAGGCAACCUGCUGACCAAUUUCCCCCCUGUGCUGCUUCACAUGCCUUUCCUGGAGGUGAUCGAUGUGGAUCGGAACAACAUCCGGUACUUCCCCAGCCUGGCCCACCUGUCAAGCCUGAAGCUGGUCAUCUAUGACCACAAUCCUUGCAGGAACGCACCCAAAGUGGCCAAAGGUGUGCGCCGUGUGGGAAGAUGGGCAGAGGAGACACCAGAACCUGACCCCAGAAAAGCCCGGCGUUAUGCGCUGGUCAGAGAGGAAAGCCAGGAGCUACAGGCACCUGCCCCAUCUCCCCCAGCCCCUCCUAGCAGCUCCUGAGGAGCUUUACUUAUAGGCCAGUGACAAAUACGUUCCAGAGACCUCUCCAUUAGAGUGGAAAGUAUUGCUCUGGGUCCUCUGGGGUGGCCCUGCCAGUAGGGGCUGAUGGAGAGCUAGGUAAAAUGCCAUAGCCACAUCACACGGAGAAGAAAACAUUUCUGGCCAACAGCAUCUCUCCAGAGGGAAGUUGUCAUGCUAUUGGUGGCAUAGCAACCCAGAGUGAUCAUGACUUCUAAGAAAAUGGCUUCUCCAAGCAGUUUUUGAAAUAGUGAAGAGGAAAGGCCGGGGCACUUUGGCCCAGAGUGGCUGGUCAUGAGGCUCAUGACCUCUUCAAAUAAGGUAUUUGUUGUAGAACUAAGUGUUCAGGGGGCCUGCCCCUUUGCAAGAUAUAUAUUCUUUCCUAUGAAUGACCACAAAGAAUAUCAAAGUAUUGUUACUGAUUCAGGCCACUGAAAAGGAUAUUUCUACCUAGUCCAUCAGUCAGAUUCACAGAAAAAAGGCUUUUUGUUGCAAAGG